AUGGCUUCCAACAAAAACAACAUUAAAAUCCACGAACACUUCAAAGUAGUUCCUCCAUUAUCAUCAAUCCAAUCAACAACAACAACUCCUCUCACUUUUUUUGACAUAAUAUGGCUAGGUUUCCAUCCAUCAGAGCGAAUAUACUUUUACACCCUCCAUGAUCAACACUCCCACCCCUCUUUCUUCUUUCAAGAAAUUAUUCCAAAUCUCAAAUCUUCACUCUCUUUAACCCUCCAACACUUUCUCCCUUUAGCUGGUAAAAUUGUUUGGCCUUCUGAUUCUUUAAAACCAUUCAUCCAAUUCAAUCCCAAUGAUGAUGAUAAUGGAGUUUCAUUGCUCAUAGUUGAGUCUGAUGCUGAUUUCAAUCAUGUCAUUGGAAACUCACCCCAUGAAGCUUCAUUGACUCGUUCUUUUAUUCCCAACUUGGAAUCAUCAGAUUCGUUUGCUUCUACUAUGUCCCUCCAAAUCACACUUUUCCCAAACUGUGGCUUCAGCAUAGGAAUCACUACACACCAUGCUGUUUUUGAUGGAAAAUCUUUAUCUAUGUUCGUCAAAGCUUGGGCUUGUCUAUGCAACAAAAUAAUCGGAUUUGAAACACCAACUUUGUUGCCAGAGUUAGAGCCUUUAUUCAACAGAGAUAUCAUCAAAGGCACAAAUGAAAAUAACGCAAUCGAGAUCUUAUCGAAGAUAUCCCCAACUGAAAAAGGAAAUAAAAGAAGCCUAAAGAUUUCACCUUCGGAACCAAAACUCGAAGACUCUCUUCGUGCUACCUUCAAGCUCACACGUGCAGAUUUGGAUAAAAUAAAGCAAUAUGUAUUAUCUAAAUGGGAAAUAUUCAAUCCAAAUGAAUCAAAGCCAGAGACUCUAUCAUCUUUUAUUCUCACUUGUGCUUAUUCACUUGUUUGUAUUGCAAAAGCUAUUCAUGGAGUUGAAAAAGAGAAAGAAAAGUUUGCUUUGGUUUUUGUAAUAGAUUGCAGAGCAAGGUUGGAAUCAGCAAUACCAAGUAAUUAUUUCGGUAAUUGUUUAUUGGGGGAUUUCAUUGAUACAAAACCAUUUGAUUUCAAAAACGAAGAUGGUGUCUUCCUAGUUGCCAAGUGUAUUUAUGAGAAAAUAAAGAUGAUAAAUGAAAAGGGAAUUUUUGAAGAAAUGAUUUUUGAUAUAUUUGAUAGAUUUAAAACUUUAAAUAAUGAAAGAUAUGAAAUUUUUGGGGUUGCUGGGUCUGGGUCUAAUAGAUUUUGUGUUUAUAAGAAUGAUUUUGGUUAUGGAAGGCUAGAAAAGGUGGAGAUUGUGUCCAUAGAUAGAGAUUUAUCAAUUGGUUUUGGAGAUAGCAAAGAUGGCAAUGGUGGAGUUGAAAUUGGUCUUGUUCUCAAUAAACAUGUAAUGGAUCUCUUCAGCACUUUCUUUCUUGAAGGACUAUGUGGUAAUUGA